AACCAUAACAUUGAAAAGACUAAAAAACCCCCACGAGGUUGAAAUUCUGGUAUCAGGAAUGCAGCGUAUAUAUUUAAUGCUAGCACUUGAUUUUGUCUGUUUUAUCCAAUUCCAACCCCUAACUUGUAAACUCACAACAAAAUUCAAUUCAAACUAACUAACACCAUUCAAAGCAGUGCAAGAAAGAAGAAUUUUUUUUUUUUUUUUUUGAGCUACCUCAUUCGUUUUCUCAAUCUUGCUCUUCCUGCAAGAAUUCAUAAUCACAUCAAGAAAUUCAGAUAAUCGAUUCUUGGGUCACUUUGCUUAGAGAAUAACUUACUAUUUAAUUAAAAGUUUCUUCGGUCUUUUUGGUUCUCCCAAAAUUCUGGAACUUUUCCAUCUUUGACUCUUUAACUACAAAGAAUGAAUGUGGUGGGAAAAUUUGGAACCUUGAUAACUAAGGGUGUUUAUUCAGUUGCCACCCCUUUUCACCCCUUUGGUGGUGCCGUUGAUGUCAUUGUUGUUCAGCAACAAGAUGGAACUUUUCGGAGCACGCCUUGGUAUGUAAGGUUUGGUAAAUUUCAAGGUGUUCUCAAACGUGCCGAGAAGAUUGUUAAGAUAAAUGUUAACGGGGUUGAAGCGAAUUUUCAUAUGUAUCUUGAUAAUUCUGGAGAGGCUUAUUUUGUAAAAGAGGUGGAUGAGGAUGAUAAAAGUGUUGACUCGAAUGUCGCUAUUGAAGGUCUUACUAACUCUGAGUUUACUUCUGAAGACGGUAGUGUGGAAAUUGAUAUUACUGGUCAUAGACUUGAUCAUAGCAUAUCUGAUUCGGGGGUGAUUCAGUUGACAGGUGAAGAUCAUUCUUCAGUUUUGCCAGAACUUCAAAAGGUGGAAUCCGAUGUUGGUCGGAGAUAUUAUGAUUUUGAAGAUGAUCAACCAACAAUUGAAGAUUCGGCUGAUUUGUCGGAAUAUGGAGAGAAUGUUGUGGACUUGCAGGGUUCCAAUCCGGAGGUGAUCUUGGUUAGUGUUGACGGUCAUAUAUUGACAGCCCCUAUCUCAGAAUUAGAGCCAACUGAGGAAAAUUUGCAGUCACAAAUUCCUCAAUUUCAUUUGGGACCAGGUGAAGGGACUGAUUUCUAUGAAGGCAAUGAGGAGUUUAGUUCUGGCGAAAAUGCACGUGUUGCUGAUUAUGUUAGUAGGCCGGAUGCUUCAACAGCUGAUGUUCCAUCCAGUAUUUAUAGCUCUGAUAUCGGUAAUAGUGCUUCCGGGGUCCAGCUUGAAAGUUGCCAACAAGAGGAGGGACCUCUUCGUCACACGGAGGAAACUGGCACAGAAGAAGCUGCAUCAUGCAUGAAUACGGAGAGUGUUUUCAAAAGUUGCUUGGACUUAAAUGAACUUGCUCUGCAGGAUGAUAAUGACAAUUUACAAGAUGAAAGGUCGUCAUUGGUGGAUCAAAAUUCAGCUGAGGAAUCUAAUGAAAAUUGUUCAAAUGUUGAUGAAAAUGCAAAAGAGAGCAUGAAACGAUCUAGAAAUAUUGGCGAGUUAUCUUCUAUCAGAGGUGCUACUUCUUCAGACGACAGUAAUUCUCCAAAUUUAAAAAUAGAACUUCAAGGGGUUGAUAAAGAUGCAUCAGUUGAAGUUGACACUGGUUCUGGCAUUCGUUCCGGUACGAAUGAUGUGGAAUGGAAUGAUAGUAAUAGUCAAGAAACCACUGUACUUGAAAUUAUUAGUGAGGAAGAUAAUAUAACAGCACCUCAGACAGCAACUUCCAAUGAGGGGGAUCAAAGUCAUUUUGGUUUGAAAUUUGAUAUCUCACUUUGUGGUCACGAACUUAAGGCGGGUAUGGGUUUUAUCGCUGCUGCUGAAGUGUUUGAAGCACAUCGAAUAUCUGCUGAGGAAUUUAGAGUCUCUGCGCCAUCUAUAACUAAGAAUAAAAAUCUUGUUGUGAAGUUCAGAGAGAGUUAUCUACCGUGGGAAAAGGCCGCCCCUCUUGUUCUUGGAGUGGCGGCGUUUGAUUUAGACUUACCUGUUGCCCCUGAAGAUACAAUUCCUGUGGGUCAAGAUGAUAGGUUGAAGUCCAGCGUUGAUAAUCCUGGACCAUCUUCAUCUGGACGUAGGUGGAGACUCUGGCCUCUUGCUUUUCGAAAAGUGAAGACAGCUGAGCACAAUAGUGGUGAUGAAUCAAGUGAGGAUAUAUUUCUAGAUUCCGAAUCUGAUUUGUUUGGCUCUGAGCCAUCUCCAACCUCGGGUAGGCUUGAGUCUCCUCGCAAGCAAUUUGUUAGGACAAAUGUUCCCUCUAAUGAGAUGAUAGCAUCAUUGAAUCUCAAAGAUGGUCAAAAUAUGGUAACAUUCAGUUUCUCUACGAGGGUUCUAGGAACACAACAGGUUGAUGCUCAUAUAUAUUUAUGGAAGUGGAACGCAAGAAUUGUAAUUUCAGAUGUGGAUGGAACUAUUACCAAAUCUGAUGUUUUGGGGCAGUUCAUGCCUUUAGUUGGAAAAGAUUGGAACCAGACUGGAGUGGCAAGGCUUUUCUCUGCCAUUAAGGAAAAUGGAUACCAGCUACUGUUUUUGAGUGCCCGUGCUAUUGUCCAGGCUUAUAUAACUAGGAACUUUUUGGUUAACCUGAAACAGGAUGGAAAAACCUUACCAAAAGGACCUGUUGUUAUUUCACCUGAUGGAUUAUUUCCGUCCCUUUACCGAGAAGUAAUAAAAAGAGCUCCUCAUGAGUUCAAGAUUGCUUGUCUAGAGGAUAUCAAAAGACUUUUCCCUUCUGAUUAUAACCCAUUCUAUGCGGGGUUUGGCAAUAGAGACACAGAUGAACUUAGUUACAGUAAAAUAGGAAUUCCAAAGGGAAAAAUAUUUAUCAUUAACCCUAAGGGUGAGGUGGCAAUAAGUCAUCGUAUCGAUGCAAAAUCUUAUACAUCACUACACACACUCGUCAAUGACAUGUUCCCACCUACGUCUUUGCUUGAACAGGAGGACUUCAACUCUUGGAAUUAUUGGAGAGUGCCUAUCCCAGAUAUUGAUUAGUUCUAUGUUCGUUUCAGUUACAUUUUUUAAACGGAUUCUUUGGUAUUAGGAAAGAUUUAGAGGUUAAUGAGUUUGAUCCAAAUAUGUUUUAUGAUUGAACCCUAUAGCUUAAUUUGAUCCAUGUAGCCGACCCCACUUAUACUUAGUGGGAUAAGGCUUGGUUGUUGUUGUAAUUGUUUGGUAUUGGGCGGCUAUCCAACAUGUUAACAGAAAUGCUAUAUGUUCGAACUACUUGGCACAAAAUUAUGCCUUGCUUGUAAAGUGACUUACUAUACUUAAAUUCUUUAAUGACAUACAAGUUUCUUAGGGAUUCA